AUGAGCUCUUACUUUGUAAACUCGUUCUCGGGGCGCUAUCCAAAUGGCCCGGACUAUCAGUUGCUAAAUUAUGGCAGUAGCAGCUCUUUGAACGGUUCUUACAGGGAUUCUGCUACCAUGCAUACCAGCUCUUACGGCUACAAUUACAAUGGGAUGGAUCUCAGCAUCAACCGCUCCUCAGCCUCCUCCAGCCACUUUGGGGCGGUGGGGGAGACCUCGCGUGCCUUCCCCUCGCCCGGCCAGGAGUCCCGGUUCAGGCAGGCUUCAAGCUGCUCCCUGUCCUCUCCUGAGUCCCUGCCCUGCUCCAACAGCGACAACCACGGAGGCAAGCCCUCUGCCUCGUCCCCCUCCGACCAGGCGACCUCUGCCAGUUCCAACACCAAUUUUACAGAAAUAGACGAGACCAGCGCGUCCUCGGAGCCCGAAGAAGCAAGUCAGUUAAAUAACAGCAGCUUAAGCCGAGCACAGACAGAACCCAUCGCGACCUCCACAGCCACAACGGAGGGACAGACUCCACAAAUAUUCCCCUGGAUGAGGAAGCUGCACAUUAGCCACGAUAUGACUGGCCCGGAUGGGAAAAGGGCACGGACCGCUUACACUCGCUACCAGACCCUGGAGUUGGAGAAAGAGUUUCACUUCAAUAGGUACCUCACCCGCCGGCGGAGGAUAGAGAUCGCCCACGCUCUCUGCCUCUCGGAGCGGCAGAUUAAGAUCUGGUUUCAGAACCGCCGGAUGAAAUGGAAGAAAGAUAACAAACUGAAGAGCAUGAGUUUGGCUACGGCCGGCAGCGCCUUCCAGCCCUAA